CGACGGAGCCUUAACGGAGCCACCGCCGGACCGUCCACAGGAAGACGAAAUAUGAAAACUGGCUGCAGCAUGGUAGAGAAAGCUAAGGGCGGUGGAGGUUAUCAUUUCCCAGAGUGGGCGUACAAGCCUGAGUCGAGUCCCGGCUCUCGCCAGAUCCAGCUGUGGCACUUUAUCUUGGAGUUGCUUCAGAAUGAGGAUUUCCGCCAUGUUAUCGCCUGGCAGCAGGGCGAAUACGGAGAGUUUGUCAUUAAAGAUCCGGAUGAGGUGGCCAGGCUCUGGGGUCGGCGCAAAUGCAAACCUCAGAUGAACUAUGACAAACUGAGUCGGGCCCUCCGGUAUUAUUACAAUAAAAGGAUCCUUCAUAAGACAAAAGGGAAGAGAUUUACCUACAAAUUCAACUUCAACAAGCUUGUAAUGCCCAAUUAUCCUUUUAUCAACAUCCGACCCAAUGGUGCUGUCCCCCAGAGCGCACCACCAGUUCCAUCAGCGUCUUCCCAUUUUCCCUUCUCAUCUUUAGACUCACCUAAUGAAGAUGCAAGAGGGGGUCGGUUUUCUGGAGGAUCUACUGCACAGUCCAGCCACGAAUCUUUAAAUGAGGUCUGUGAACGCAAGCCAAAUCCUAUGGAAUCUGAUGAAGUUUCGUCGGAUUGGCGUCGUGGAAUAGAACUCAUGUCUCGAAAUGCUGUAGGAUCAGGUGUGCAUGGCCUUCAAAAGCACAAAUCAGACAUGAUGCUCCCAGUUUUCUCAAUGCCAGGAAUGUAUCCAGAACCCCACAGUCCGUUCUCUGUGUCUCCUCUAGCAGGACGAGGUGGCAUGCUUAACGUACCAAUCUCACCUGCCUUGUCUCUAACUCCAUCAGUCUUUUCCUACAGUCCUUCACCAGGACUAAGCCCAGCUUUCCAGAGUGGCAGCUGCUUUAAUUUCAACCCAGAAGAAAUGAAACACUACCUGCAGGCCCACGCUUGCUCUGUUUUCAACUACCACCUUAGUCCCCGGACUUUACCAAGAUAUCCUGGAUUUAUGAUCCCACCUUUCCAGCGUCCCUUUCCACCAGAGGAACAGCAGUCCUUCCCUAUAAAACUGCAACCCCCUCCAAUGGGGCGUAAGAACCGAGAACAUAGCCAAAGUUCCGAAGACAAGCAUCUUGUCACCCAGCCUGCUCCGGUUCUUCCACCAAUGAAGGUGGAGCCUAUUUCUGAUGACGAACCACUUUCUGAUGAGGAUCUAGAUUUUUCAGGCCAUAGUAGUGAUGAGGAACAAGAUAAACCGAUAAUGAGAGCAGAUAUGGAGAAAGCAGCGCAUACAUUUGUCAAACCAGCUACUCCACCCCGGUCACCUUUCCCACAAGGACCUACUAGAGUUGGCUACUCUAAAGAGGGUGCAGAGCAGACGGUUGAACCUGGAGAUAAAGCAGCAAAAGACGUUUCUGUCGAAGCAGUUGUUGUAGAAAAGAAAGAAGACUCUCUGCCUCCUAAACUGCGCCUUAAACGUCUCUGGAACGAAGAUCGUCAAUUGGAGGCUGUUGAGGAUAAAGAGUGUCGUAAAGUCAGCUGCAUUAUCAGUUCUAUCCGGACUCCUGUAAUCUCUACAGAAACUAAGGCACUGGCUGGAGCUGUGGACUCUUAGUACUGGAAUGGAAUCAGGAAAAUGAAAUUCUAUUAAUAUUAUCCUAUUUAUGUAGCACUGCUGCAGAAAGGGUUGGGGGUUAAAGGCUUGGUUUUUCAUUAAUUCCCAGAUUUUCUUAAUGUUGCAGGUGAUGCUUAUUUUAAAGGGUUUUUUGUUUUUUAUAUUUGAUGUUUCAGGGAAAACAAUACCUCUUAUAAAGAGGUAACGACUAAAUGUAGAAACUAAAAUUGAUCUGCAAUGUUUUUACAUUGCUUUUCUUCUGUUGCGCUUGUUAGGUGAAAACAUCUACUUUUUAUUAAUCCUGCUUUAGAUAAUGAUCUGACUUGUCGGAUUGCAGCUUUUAUUAUAAUCUGCUAGAUUUGUUUUGUGUAUUCUGGUUUUUCUUAUUAUUCAAUCAGAGAAACUUUGCUUCUGAUAUUUGCUGAACACUUACAUUUUAGUGUCUUGUUUUAUUUUUUCCCUCUUUUUAGGGUGCUGCUGUCUCCCCUUAGGUGUUUUGUUGUUUGACACUAAAUCUAAAGAUUUUCAACCAAGAAAAAGUGUGUAUUAACAGUAAAACUUUGCACCAAUUACGAGUGAGUGAGUGGGAGAGAGAAACUAUUUUGGGUUUUUUGUUUUGGGGUGGGUGGGUUCCUUUUUGUGAUGUGA